CUCAAAAAUCAGAUUAAUCUUUUAGUAAUUUUCUUUAUUUUCCCUCUCUCCCUUCCCAGGCUGCUUUUGCUGUACUGUCUGAGCUCUGAUAAAUCUCUUUCACUUUGAUUUCUCAGCGUUUUUCCUUUUUUCUUACAUAUAUGUGUAUAUAUUUACAACUUUGUUGAGGGUUAUUAAAUUAAAGCUUUGUGUCGGUGAUGAAAUUGAAGUUGUUGCAAAAUGGGUUUUCUUUCUACAGAUUGGGUGGGUGUUAAUUUUAGAAUUUUGUAGAAAUCUUGGGAGGUUUAUUUCGAUUUUUCCAGAAAUUAAUGGGCUAUUGAAGAAAGGGGUAGCCGUACUUGUUUGUUGGAGUUUUAAAGAUGGAGGUUACUAAUGCCUUGAGCGGGAGUGGAGGAGUGACAGUGGUGGGAUCCGAUGUUCCCUCGGACUACCAUGUCGCUUCCAGGACAGCCAAUGAGAACCCGCCGCGGCUCGCCGGAUCAGAAUCCCUAGCCGUGACUCUAUCUACGCCGCCACAGGCAGCUGGAGUGGGAAGCGGCGGCGCUGCCUUGAUGAAGAAGAAGAGGGGCAGGCCUAGAAAGUACGGCUCCGAUGGCUCAGCGGGUAAGGCCCUGUCGCCGAGGCCGAUAUCCUCCUCCGCCCCGCCGCCGCCGGUGAUUGAUUUCUCAGCUGCCGGGAAGCGGGGCAAAAUCCGGCCGGUGAUCCUGACGGCGAAGCCCAGAAUGGAGACUGUUGGUGGUGGCCUAGCUCUUGCAGGUGACUGGUUUCCGACUUCCGGAGGUGCCAGUUUUACCCCACACAUUAUCACUGUUAAUGCAGGAGAGGAUGUGAUGAAGAAGGUUAUAUCUUUCUCUCAACAAGGGCCUCGCGCAAUAUGCAUUCUAUCAGCCAAUGGCAUAGUAUCGAGUGCAACUAUUCGUCAGCCGGAUUCUUCUGGCGGCACAUUGACAUACGAGGGUCGGUUUGAGAUACUGUCGCUGUCUGGAUCAUUCACGCCUACAGAGACGGGAGGAAUGCGAAACAGAUCCGGCGGCAUGAGCGUUUCUUUGGCUAGCGCCGAUGGCCGCGUUGUAGGAGGUGGCGUUGCCGGCUUGCUAGUUGCAGCCACCCCCGUGCAGAUUGUUGUGGGAAGUUUUCUGUCGGGGAAUCAGCAGCAGCAGCCGGAGCCGUUGAGGAUGAAGAAACACAAGACCACGGAGGCGGUGACAAUGAUACCUGCGGCUUCCAUCCCGAUUCCAAUCCAAGCGAUGGACGACGAGGCACAUUGUGCUUCAUCUGGAUUCCGCAGCGGCGAUGGAUGGCCAACGAUGACCUCGGACAAUAGCGCCAUUGCUCCUCCUAAACCUAAGGUGAAGCCGGCGACGGACAUUAACAUGAGCCUAGCAGGGUAGAUCGAGCGAAUUGGAUAAAUGGCUUGUUGUAGAGCAGAACAGAACAAAUGAGGGGAGUUGAUUGAUUAUGGCAGAGCGUGCGUUGUAGAGUGAGUUGUAGACUUGUAGUUGUUGUUUAUUUGUAGCAUUUACAGACGGCUCAGUUGCGCGUGUAGACGACAGAGAUGGUUGCAGCGCCGCCAUUGGAGCUACUGUUGUGAAAUUCCUUUUCUACUUUCAGAAGAGAGUGGCUGUGCUGCUUAAUCAGUCUACUGGCUUUUAAACGUGUGCAUGGCUUUUAAACCGUGUGCUAUGGGCGGAUGGUUAUAUUUAAAUUUAGUUAUUAUAUUAUUUUUAUUUGAUUUUA